AUGCUAUAUCGCUGCGACCGAAACUCUGCCACCAGCCAAUGCCAGCGAGGCGGCGGUGUACUGAUCGGUGUUAAAAUUAAUUUAAAAAGCACAACCGUUAGUUUUACAGAAGCCGAUAUGCUAGAGCAAACUGCUGUUCGCAUUGAGAUGAAGGAUGGUAACAUUUUCAUUUGCGCUGUGUAUCUACCUCCAAAUUCUGAUCCCGUGCUGUACGAACGACAUGCAGCGUGCACUCAACAAUUGUCUCUGCUGGCAAAAGAUCGUGAUAAAACAAUUGUGUUAGGCGAUUACAAUCUUCCACACUUGCGAUGGGAUUAUGACGACGAAAUGAAUUGCUUUUUGCCGAUGAAUGCGUCUGCUGAGUCCGAGUUAACAUUAGUACAAUCUUUAUUAAUGACGGGUUUACAACAGCAGAAUUAUUGUGUUAACGACAAUGGCAGAUUACUCGACUUGGUUUUUACCAGCAGUACAGCCUGCGUAGAAAUUUUUGAACCGCCGAUACCGUUGCUGAGGAUAGACCGACAUCACAAGCCGAUUGUUUUAAAACUGAAUGCUGAGAAUAUUUAUGAGGAAGAAAAAGAUGAACGGUUUGAUUUUCGUCUUUGUGACAUGUCUUUGGUGAAUGGGCUUAUUCAACAAAUAGAUUGGAGCCAAUUAUUGGAGAUUGGAUCAGUUGACGAUGCAGUUACACGCUUCUACGAUGAGCUUUAUCAAAUAUUUCGAGCAAAUGUACCGCUCAGAAAAGGCAAAAGGAAAUUUCACAACAAACAACCGUGGUGGAACGGGCAGCUUCGGAAUCUUCGCAACCGUCUUCGAAAAGCUAGGAAACGGUACUUCAGAUGCAGGAGUGAAUCGCGGAAAAUUGAAAUGCGUGAAAUUGAGGCUCAAUUCAACUCUUUGAACGCUUCAAGUUUUCGCGAUUACAUUCAUCGUAUCGAAGAUAAUGUAAGAGCGGAUCCGAAGUCAUUUUGGACCUACGUUAAGGACCGACAAGCAGUAAAAGGGAUACCUCAAAACAUGCGCUACCAAGGAUUAGAUGCCACUACGCCGCAGGAAACAGCGAAUAUGUUCUCGUCUUUCUUUCAAAGUGUGUCAAGUAAUAACUCACCACCUUUGUCUGAAACGUACCUGAGCAGUAUUCCGCGUUAUGACGUGAACGUACUUCAGAUGAAUUUCUCGCCCCACGAAGUCCAACUGAAGUUGCAAUCCAUCGAUGGAUCAAAAGGACCCGGUCCUGAUCAAUUACCGCCUUUCUUUGUAAAACAGUGUGCUGAUGCUCUCGCUUACCCUUUCGGCGCCAUCAACGAUUGCCGUCCGUCAGAGGUGCAUGUUUGUUUGCUUUGA